AUGCCUCCCACUCCUUUAACAACAGUCUACAAGCAAAUCAACUCCUCCACAAUAACAACAGACAUCUACCUCCCAGAACACCCGCCCCCUCAAUCAAACAAUGGCCUCUACCCAGUCCUAAUAAACAUCCACGGCGGCGCCUUCAUGCUCGGCCACAGCAGCAUGGUCUCAAUGCCCCAAAUCACCGACUGUCUCGCGCGUGGUUGGAUCGUGCUCUGUCCGAACCACCGGCUCUGUCCGGGGAUUGACGUGCGGAGCGGCGCAAUGGCUGAUAUAAGAGACCUGCUGAGCUGGGUAUACGAUGGAAGUCUAGAUCGGUUCCUGGAGAAACAGGGACGCGAUGGGUACAAGUAUAAGUAUAAGGCUGAUACAGAUCGAGUAAUGGCGUUUGGAACGAGCAGUGGCGGGUUUUUGGCUUUGGCUUUGGGAUACGACACCCCCCGCGCACCCCGCGCAAUCCUGAACUUCUACGGCGCAGUACACUUCACACAUCCAUUCUGGCGAGCUCCACUCCCCCACGUCAAAUCCAAGCUUCCACCUGGUGGGUUCGCGCCAGAAUUCCUGCAAAAGGUGUACACCGAGUUCCCGGUCCCCACGACAAGCGGGAUAUCACUCGAGGGCCAGGCUGCAGCCGCGCCUAAUAAACCGGAUUUCAGUCGCCCCCGGGAUGCAUUUGCGCUGACGCAGAUUGCGGAUGGAGCGGUUCUCGAUGCUAUUUUCCCGACGGCUUGUGGGGACGUUUGUGAAAUUGACCCUGUUGCUAGGGUUGAAGACGGGUUCCCUGCUACGGCGAUUGUGCAUGGGGAUGCGGAUAGGAUGGUUCCGGUUGAUGUGAGUAGGAGGUUGUUUGAUGUUUUAAAGGAGAAGGGGGUGGAGUGUGAGCUUGUAGAGGUUCCCGGGGAGGACCAUACGUUUGCAAUGGGGAUGGAGGUGGGGAGUAGGGCUUGGGAGGUUUCGAGAAGGGGGUUUGAGUUCUUGGAGAGGAUCAUUUGGACCUGA